UCCCAACGCGAGACUCGUUCUCGUCCGCUCGUUAUUCCAGCCACUCCUUAUAGCUGCUCGGCAAGCCUGCUCAGUCGAAGAACACUUCGUCGCUAAUACCCAUCUCCUUACUGAUUAUACCAACAAUGCUCUCUUCUCUCUUCUUCGUGACUGUGCUUGCUGCUGUUGCGGUGCGGGCGGAUCCUAGUCCCUCCGAGCCUGGUCCCGGUGCCGUCUACAACGAGGGUUCAACAUGCCACAUCUCCUGGGGCCCUGACACUUCUGGGACGUGGAAUACCAUGAAUAUCGAGCUCAUGUGCGGUGACAAUGACGACAUGAUCUAUAUGACGACGGUUGCCACGGUCGAUGGUACCGACGCCACCAAAACGAGCUUUGAUUACCCCUGUCCCCAGGUUACACCCAACUCGGCCAUCUACUUCUAUCAGUUCACCUCGCCGAACACUUCCGACGUGACCUGGACGACGCGUUUCGCGAUUGCAGACGCGAGCGGUAACACCACUCCACCCGCCAAUUCGACCCAGCCGAACGGCGACUCGAUCUCCUGGGGCAUUGGCACUCUCGUCGAUCCCUCCACCGCCGUCCCAGAGCCAUCGUCGGGCACCGGGAAUAGCAACGGCACCACCGUGACCGCACCCCCCUCAGGACCCGCUACAUCGGGUACGCCUACGGCCGCGUCUGAGUCCUCCGGUGCUGCAACCACUCUCACUCUCGCUCCCGCUGCGUCCUCCCCGUCAACUGCUGGCUCGAACUCCGUCCUCGCCCUCGGUGGCAGCUCCGGCUCGCUCACCAAGUCAUCUAUGGUCACGGUUACCACCGGCUCGGCUGCCCCCACCAACAGUGCCACCGCGAAGAAUACGACUGGAAGCAGUGUGCCCAAUGGCGUGGCUGUUGGUGUCUCUAUCAGUUCCCGUAUCACGCAAUCUAUUGCAACCCUGGUGGUGGUUGGUGCUGCGUUCGCUGCCGUUUUGUGAGAUUAUAUUUAUUACUGUUGCAGUGUGGAUGCCGAACAUUACUUGUUCGCUAUGGGAUAUUCCUGUGUGGCUAGUAUGUUUGAAUAUUAUGCUGCAUGUGCAGACCCUGUAAAUGCGCGCU